AGCGCAAUUAGCAGCGACAACAGAGAUAAUGUCAGGUCUAGUGGUUUGUACAAAGGCACUGCCUAAUGGAAAGGAUUAACCUAAUUUCAUUAGUUCACAAUACACAGAAUAGUCCCUUUUCACGCCUUUGUAACCGCCACCCCCACAUAUUUGCUGCCCUCUACAAUUUAGCAAGAGCACUGUCCACAGUGACGUCACCAGGGUAUAAAACUGGCAACAAGUUGCAAUGGCUUGAUGCACAGCACAGCCUCAGCCCACAAGUUUGCAAAUCUACAACACGCCUGAACCUUCUUUUCAAGGAAAGCUUCGAUACACUGAGAACACGAUUUCAGGACUGCAUUUCGCUAUUUAUUUUUCACAACUUUUGGACUUCAUAACUUUUUGGACAUUUGUGGGUUGGUGAUGCCUAUUGGUAUGUUCAGCAUUGAUAGCAUUCUAGCUGCGGGGAGACCUCGUUGCAAGGAAACGUUGCAACCUAUACUAACCCCUUCGGGGACUACUGUUUCAACCACCCAUGGCGUCGUGUUCCCAGACCCGGCAGCACUGUGUGCAGGGGCAGACUAUGCCGGACUGUACUCCCGGGCUGUUGCCCCUACUUCUAACCUGCAGGCGCUCGGUGGAGCCCGGAUGGCUUAUAGUAAUUAUUAUUAUGGACAGCUUCAAGCUCAGGCGCCAGUUGGACCUUCCUGUUGUAGCACAGUGCAGCCCCUAGGGACCCAACCUUGCUCCUGUGUCCCCCCAGGCUACGAGGGCACCGGAUCGGUGCUUAUGUCCCCGGUUCCCCAUCAGAUGCUGCCAUAUAUGAAUAUGGGCAGUUUAUCCAGGACUGAGCUACAACUGCUUAACCAGCUCCACUGCCGGAGGAAACGCCGCCAUCGUACCAUUUUCACCGACGAACAGCUGGAAGCUUUAGAGAACCUCUUCCAGGAGACCAAGUAUCCAGAUGUUGGAACCAGGGAACAGCUGGCCAGAAGAGUGCAUCUGCGAGAAGAGAAGGUGGAGGUAUGGUUUAAAAACCGCAGAGCAAAGUGGAGAAGGCAAAAACGGUCUUCUUCUGAGGAGUCGGAAAACUCUCAAAAAUGGAAUAAAAUUUCAAAAAUAUCAACGGAAAAAACAGUUGAUGAAGGGAAAAGUGACCUGGAGUCUGACAGCUGAUGUUAUGGAAAA